AUGGCACAUUACCAAAACCAAUACAGCGCACAAGCUGGAAGCGAUGCAUACGGCUACCCAAUUCGUCAGACGGAUGAAUACGGCAACGUCAUCUCCGAAACCGGGCAGUAUGUUGAUACCCUCCGCCGGACCGACGAGCAGUACCCCAAGCCGAGUCAUGAAAGCGAGCAGCAGCAGCCGGUUGGGAUAUCUCAUAAUGAAAAAGUGGUGAUUACGAAGACGACAGAGGAUGGGAGUGGACAUCAUGAGAAGAAGGGGAUAAUAGAGAAGAUUAAGGAGAAGCUGCCGGGAGGACACCAUUGA